AUGGACGGUCAGAAACGUCCCCGCAACCGCGAUCAAUUCGAAAUUGCCAUCAUCUGCGCGUUACCCCUGGAGACCAACGCUGUUCUCUGUUCUCUAGAUGAAAUUUGGUAUGACGCUCCCCCUAUCUACGGCCGGGCCCAGAAUGAUCGAAAUCAUUAUGUCUUCGGCAGAAGUGGAAGACAUGCUGUCGUCGUAGUCACCCUCCCUGGAAUGGGAAACGUUCACUCGGCCGGUGCGGCGGCCUCGCUCGACAUGAGUUUCCUCUCCAUUCAACUGGUGUUACUGGUGGGUAUCUGCGGGGCAGUACCUUACAGGCCAGAUGGCCAAGAGAUCAUCCUAGGCGACGUGAUCGUGAGCGAGGUGCUUGUCCGACUCGAUUUCGGUCGCCAGUACCCGACAGGGCACAAGCGCAAAGACACAAUCCUGGAUGGGCCGGGAAAGCCAAAUGAAGAGAUCCUGGGCCUUCUCCAGCACUGGAAGUCGCAGGUCAUGGCGCAGCAGCUGCAAGCAAAAAUGAUGCAGCAUUUGAUCAACCUGAUGCAACACCCCCAUAUCGGAACGGGGUAUCCAACAUCGUCUGAUCAGCUGUUUGCCGCGGACUAUAUUCAUAGGCAUCACACUGGGUGUGUCGAGUGUAGCUCGGCAGAAUCGGUCUGCGCCACGGCCUUGAAUGCCUCCUGCGAGGAGCUCGAGUGCGAUCUGCGCAUGCUUGUUCAUCGUGCUCAGCGAUCCGGAUGCGAUGCUCAGGGCAGUCCCACUCAACGGAUCCACUUUGGCUCGAUCGGCACCGCGGAUACGGUCAUGAAGUCGGCGUGGCAUCGGAAUCAGCUUGCUGCAUCAGAAAGGAUCAUAGCCUUUGAGAUGGAAGGGGCGGGAGUGUGGGAUAAGUUCAACUGUCUGAUCAUCAAAGGGGUCUGCGACUAUGCAGACAGCCAUAAGAACAAGAAGUGGCAGGGUUAUGCGGCCGCGGUUGCGGCGGCGGCGGCGAAAGAAGUCUUAGGGCAAUAUGUUCCCCAUGACAGGCCGGAAUCGUCCAAUCCACGAUUCCAGUAUUCGCCACAAGAAAUGCUUACCCGGCGUGCUCACGCGGAGUCUCAAGAGCGUCAGGCUACCAAUGAUUCAGCCCCAAGAGACAUUUUUGAUAAGAUCGUGAAAGACUUCAAGGAAAAAGUGACUCCAGAUCAAUUGCAAGUGUUCCAGGCAACUGAUCUUCGUACCUUGAAAAAAGAGUUGAAGCGUAUGCAGGAUGAACAGCAACAAAUGAGAGCAUUGCGAAACAUGAGACGCAUCGAGCCUUUCAUGAAGCGUGUUGAAGCAUUGGGAAUGGUUGUUCACGACCUAUUGGGUUCCGAUGAAAUCAUGUGUCUCAUCUGGGGUGCGGCCAAAGCACUAUUUCGAAUAUCAAGAGGCCACAACGAUCUCCUGGACAGACUUUUAUCGGCAUAUGAAGAAAUCGGGGAUGAAUUGCCCUUGCUUGGGGAAAGUAUUGGAAUAUUCCAACAUCAUAUUGGAUUUCAAAGACUAUUGGCCCGGAUCUUUGCCAAUGUUAUGACAUUUCACGCGGAUGCGAUGAAAAUAUACUCCGGGCGAGCACUCAAGGCUGUUUUCAAGUCUCUUUGGCAGAAUUAUGAACCAACGUUCAAGAACACUUUGCGUCAUAUGCGCUCCUAUAAAACACUAAUCGAAGAUAGAAUGCGAGCGACAUACAUUGAUCCUGAGCAAGCGUCCAUGGAUACUAUGGAGAUUCGCCGUCUCCUGCAGCAGGUGGAAAAGGACAUGCUCGAAUUCGAACAAGGCGAAAUCGAGCGACGGGAAAGAAGCUUCCACGCGGUCCGAGAUUGGAUCGCGGCGGCAGAGACGGAAACUGAGCAUAACAGCAUAUGCCGUGACCGAAGCAGGUAUCAAAACAGCGGAGGCUGGAUUCUAGACAGAAUUAAAAUCAAGGAAUGGAUACAUGCGGAGCCUGAUGAGGCCUCCGGGUCCAUCCUUUGGAUCAAUGGGCGCCCAGGGGCUGGUAAAACAUACCUAGCGUCUGUUUUGAUUGAGGCGUGUCUGCAAAUGACAGACUGUACUACCUGCUACUUCUACUGCAGCGAGAAGGCGGAGUCCAGGGGGUCUGCAAUAGCGAUACUCCGCGGCAUCCUCUUACAAUUGGUUUGCAGACACAACGAACUAAUUCCAUACUGCUACGCUAAGAUGAAAUCUUCGUUAAGCUCCAUCUUAUUGGAUUUGUCUACAAUAAACACCCUCUUGGAGACAUUUUGUGAGCGAAUCUCACGGUUGUAUGUCGUGAUAGAUGGGCUCGAUGAAUGUGGUGACGGGAAGAAGGAUGUGCUUGAAACUUUCAAGAAUUUGGUCAAAAAAGCUGAAGUACUCUCACCAGGGAAACUUCGGGUUGUCUUUCUCAGUCGGCCUGCUCCCGAAAUUAAGAAUUCGCUCCCGGAGGCGCAAGUCUUUGCCCUAGAGCCCGAGAAUACCAAAGUUGACAUUCAGAAAUAUUGUCAAUACCGAACGCGUGAGCUGGCCAAAUUUGACUUCGGGGAUAAUAUUCUCAAUGGUGUGAUUGAGAGGAUCUGUAUCCGGGCAGAUGUCAUGAACAACUUGGCAAAACAGCCCAACAGACGUCGCUUUCAAAACGAGAUCGAUGCUGCCAGGCUACCAAGCGAACUCAAUGAAGCUUACACGCGCAUUAUGGAGCGGCUAAAACAAGACCUCAGCGAAGAGCAGCUAGCAUACACCGGGUUACUACUUGGGUGGCUGGUAUGCUCUAAGCGACCGUUGAAGUGGACAGAGAUACAGGUGGCAUUGUCUAUCGAUCUUCACUCCGCAACUGUGUCGCAUGAGCUCGAUAUGGAUCUUAAGCUUCGCGAUGACGUUCAAGAGUUGUGUGGGUCCCUCGUGCAGGUUCUCAAGGGGAACAGAGUCGAACUGGUUCACAGUACCGCCAGAUUAUUCAUUGCCCAGCGGAGCGAAAUCAAUCUUGCGGCCGCUGAAUGCGACCUUACGCUUCGCUGCCUUCGCUAUCUUACCCUUGACCUCUUCCGGCGCGAUAUACCGGAUUCAGAGCUUCGUGAAUAUAUUCUUCGAGGAGAUCUUGCUUUCCAGGACUACGCUGUGUCGCAAUGGUAUAUGCACAUGCGAACGUUCGUCGAGGCGAAGCAGGCAUUUCUUGAGGGGGACACAAUGACGCUGGAGACAAAUACCCAAGCCCAAGUAGCCUUAAUCUUUCGUGAACUUGAUAAUUUCGUGCGUUUCUACGGAGAAAGCCUCCCGGCAAAUGGGAUUCUGCAACCCUCCCAGGCAGAUUGCGCCUUCUUUCAGCCAUUCCCAUUCUAUGGUCUCCUGGUACGAAUCUGGGACCACAUCUGUUCCGCCCAGCGGGGCGAUAUAACGGCACGGAACAAGGUGAGCCUCGGGUCUCUGGAAAAAGCCCUCAUACUGAAUAGGGUCCUGCUCGAAGAGCUCAGUUCCGAUCCUGAAGUUGACCUUACUAUGCUCUACGAUGAGUACCCAUUUCGCUGUCCGAAAGUCCUGUGCUUCUACUUUCAUGAAGGGUUCAAAAGUGCGGAUGUCCGUGACAAUCAUGUCAAUUAUCAUGACCUCCCAUUCCAGUGUCCAGUGGACAACUGUUCACCUCAUGUGUCGGGCUUUCGGUCUAAGAGCGCGCUUUGCUCUCAUAUGGUGAGAUACCAUCCUGAGGAGUGCGAUCUUGACGAGUCAUUUGCGCCUUUGAACCGAAGACAAGUGGAGGAUACAAGGUGGCACUGUGGACCUUGCGAUAAUUUCUUUACGAGAAAAAGUAUCCUAGAAGAUCAUAUGCGGACGCAUAGAGGGGAGAAGCCAUUUUGUUGUUCUGAAUGUGGUCGAGGAUUUGCGCGAAAGAAUGACAUGAAGAGACAUGAGAAGAUUCAUGAGAAGAGGAGGCGAUAG